AAUGAGGGAAGCAGCUUACGAAGAAAGCGCCGUAACAGGAGUUGAAACAAUUAUUCCAGGUGAACAAGACACAGAAGCUGUUAAAGCUGGCAAGAAAACUAUCGAGACGAUCAAAGGAGCUGAAAGAAUCAUGGAGGCCAUUGAAUUGUAUAAGGAAGAAAGACAGAAAGAACUUGAACAUAAAGCGAGUCAAGUGACAAAAGACAAAACGCUGCCAAAAUUGUUAAGAGAAUGUUCGAAAAUGGUGUUCAUGAAGUCCUGCCUGUGGCUUACAAAGUAUUUUCGAUUCUGGCCGCGAUCCCGGCAACAUCCUGCUCAGCAGAAAGAUCUUUUAGCGCUCUUCGUCGCUUAAAAACCUAUCUUCGAAGUACAAUUGGUCAAAAACGGUUAAACAGCAUUGCCCUAAUCAAUGUGGAAAGAGCCUAUGCAAAUAGUACUUUAAAGAACGACAUGGAAAAGAUAAUUAACAUUUUGGACAGCGACGUAAUCGUAAAUCUUAUUUCUUUUAGUCUUAGAUCGUCGCACAUUUAACUAACUAAAUUUCUUCUGCGUCUAGUGUUAUAUAUGACAAAAUUUCAAAUAUCAAAUAAAAUGUAGUUACUUUCGUAGCAUCCUCUUA